UUUUUCAGGUAUUAUGCUUUAUUUUAUAAACUCCAGCGUCCCGGUUACCGGAAACCGUCUCGUUUCUCCUCUUUCUCCGCUCCGUCUGGGUCAAACAGUUUCCGGGCGACAGGGUACCAGCAGUAAACAUGGCGGAGGACCUGCUGGAAACAGUGGAGAGACUUCAGUCCCGGCUCCAGGAGAACCAGGAGACCCGAAAGCUGUUGAAGACUCUCAAAAGACUGGGGGAGCUUCCUAUGAAUGUGGACAUACUGGUGGAAACUGGAGUGGGAAAGACCGUGAACUCCUUCAGGAAACAUGAAGUAGCUGGAGAGUUGGCAAAAGGUCUCGUAGCCAAAUGGAAGAAACUGGUUCCUCAGUCUGCAGACAGGCCCAACAGCCACGCCUCCAGGCCUCACACACACUCUCGAGGCCACGAUGUGAGCGGUGGAGGGGGCCACAGACGUGCCCGAGAGCCCUCCCCUGAGGAAGACCGCUCCUACAUAGAGGAGGAAGAGGAAGAGAGAGGCUACCACACCAACUACUCGCCCUCACCCCCUCAACACGACCAGUACAGCCCCCUGCAGCAAGGAGGGUAUCACUCAGACGAAUAUGACAGCCCCGAGCCCGAACCCGAACCCGAACCCGAGCCCAGCCCGCCGCCUCCUCCUCCCCUUCCUUCUCGCAAAGACGUCCGCCACACCAAACCACACAAAGAACCCAGCAAGAACCACCACCAUCACCACGCCGACCGAAACAGGGACAGGGACGAGGAGCGGCGGCAACGCCACGCACAGACGAGUAGUGACAGAGGAGGCGGAGGAGGUCCGGGGAAGAAGCGCAGCGGCGAUCGAGAGACGCAUCAGAGUCUGGUACAGAAGUCUGCCAAACACAACAAGAAGUCGACCACGCAUGACGGCAGGAAGGAGGAGAAGAAGAAAGGAGGAGACGAUGCACGACCACGAGCGCCAAAGGACUCUCCGUCUAAGGAGGAAGAAGAGGACUUUGAGGUGCCCACCAUGUCCUUCGAGUCCUUCCUCACAUACGACGCCCCAUCGUCCGUCAAGAAGAAGAAGAAGCCAUUACCAUCCUCGUCUUCAUCACACAGUCGGCCGUCUCACACGUCGACGUCGUCCUCCCAUCGCACGCAAACACCUCCGCCUGCACCCUCAUCCUCCUCCUCAUCCUCCUCCAAAGCACGGAAGGCGAACGGUGCUCAAAGUUCCAAGAGGACGCAUUCAGGCUCCAGCUCAUCAUCAGCGGCGCCGACGCCAGAAAAACGCAAGAGGGUGGUUGAAGCUGUGCCGACUCUUCCUGAAAUCCCGCUGCCAGCGAUUCAGCCCAACUACAGACCUCUGCCCUCCAUCGACGUCACGCCGCUGUCCCCUCAGAGACGCAAAGUUCCUGCCUACAGUGAAGAAGAUGACACGGGCUUUACGGGCAAGCGGUUCAACUCCAAGAUGGUGGUCUACUCGGGGUCGAAGACCUCCUACCUGCCCAGGAUGAUGACGCUGUACGAGCAGUGCAUCCGCGUCCUGCAGAACAACAUCGACUCGAUCGCUGAGGUGGGAGGAGUGCCGUUCGAGAUCCUGGAGCCGGUUCUGGAGCGAUGUACUCCGGAGCAGCUGUACCGCAUCGAGCAGAGCAACCAGUGGUUCACGGAGGAAUCGGACGAGCUGUGGAAGCAUCACUGUCAGCGCGACUUUAAGCGGGAGACUCCGCAGGAGUACGAGUCGUGGAGGGAGAUGUACCUGAGGCUGCACGACGAGCGCGAGGAGCGACUGAGGAUGCUCACGCAGAACAUCACAUCUGCGCACGCCAACAAACCCAAAGGACGCCAGGUUAAGAUGGCGUACGUCAACUCUGCCGCCAAGCCGCCACGUGACGUUCGGCGCCGACAGGAGAAGUUUGGAACCACCAGCGGUUCAACGGCCUCCUCCACCGUGGCUGCAGCUCCCAUCAAAAUAAGACCGGCUACCAUAGACUACUCCGGAGAAUCGAGCCGCUCUUCUUCUUCACAAAGCAACCCUCCUCCUGCCGGCUCGUCCCGCUCCUCUGCACCGAGCGGAGGAGGAGGAGGACACGCCGCCCGAGAAAAGCCUCAAGUCAAAAAAAUCGCCCCCAUGAUGGCCAAAACUAUCAAAGCAUUCAAGAACAGAUUCUCCCGCCGAUAGUGUGAAAAAGACUGAAUGUAUUUUAUGUCAUUUUAAUUAGCGCAAUUGGACUGGAGACCCUCCGACCCUGCACACACACUUCCAGCCCCGCACACACAUCACAUGAACUCUGCAGUAUUUGUGGCAAAAUGGUUAACUUCCUUUUUUUUUCUCUGUUUUUUUUCCUUUGUUUUUUCUGUGGUGACGUCUGUUCUGCAGGUCUUAAAUCUUUGAAUCCUAAAUGAUGGUACACACAGUAAAAGGACACACAAACACACACAGUCUGUUACUGAAUCAUGUUUUCCAGCAGAUUUUUUUUAAAGAAAGAGUCGCACGUUUUUGGGGGGGAAAUCUUUGCUGCGAGGUUAGAUUAGAAGAUCAGUUUCUCUCCAGCAGCACAAAGACUGGAAACAGGGGAGCGGCCAGCCUGGUGACAAAAUCUGCCCAGCAGAACCUUUAAAUAUCAAUAAAUAAUGUGUAAAUCUGUACAUAUUCACAGCCAAAACAUGCAUCGAAAAUUUGUAAAUUUUAGAAAAGAUGUAGUGCCUUGAACCUGCAUUCUGUUGAAUGGCCAGCAGAGGGCGGAUCUGAACUCAGAUUGCAUAGAAGUCUAUGAGAAAAUGACCCUUCUUCUCACUUGAUCUGUGGACUCAGUUAACAGUUUCCUGAUGAGUUUAUGGACUCGGUUGUUAGUUUUAAAUCUUAAUGAACACAACAUAAACUUUAUGCAGUAAAUUAUUAUUGCGUUAGAGUCAAAAAGGAGGAUAAAGCCACCUGAGUUUCAAAACACGUCACGAUGUCCACAUCCAUCUUUUAUCUACAGUCUGUGACUGAUUGCACUAAUCGAUUUCUUUCAGAUUUUCCCAUUUUUAAAAAUGUUGAGAGAAAAGGUGACACUGCUGUGACCAGAACAUCAAGAUGCAACACCUUAAUUCAGUCACAUAAUUUUGUUCAGAGUAACAUUCCUACUAAAGCGCCCCCGUCUGCUUUCCCCCCCUUUGGUUCCAAUCUUUGUGCCGACCGGUUCGUAUUUAUUAUACGACAGAUGAGAGUUGUAUCGGUCUUGAUCUCAAACUAGAAAUAAGCAUGUUGUCCCGAAGUGUUCAUCUUUUCCUUGUAAGGGACAGAAAAAGGCUCUAAGUUUAAAACAGUCAGCUGUUGUUUUCCCUUAUGACCAAAUGAUACACUACAGUGGGAAACUUUUACACUUUUACUCUUGUUUUGUCUCUUAAUCGCAUGCAUGAUGCACGUCCCGACACCCGAGACAUCAGCUGGACGAUGGAAGACUCGAAUCCUGUUUUGCCCGGUGCAUUUUUUUUAAAAAUGCAUGGGGCUAAGUUGAUAUCGCAGAUGAACGCACGGCGGCGUAGACUCAUUUUAACCCUCCUGUGGCUUCAGAUCACGUUUCCCUGCUGUCCAAUGUGUGCUUCCCUGUUUUUAUCUGCUUCACUGUGACAAACCGAUCGAGUGAGGGGAGAGUAGGAAGAAGAACCAUCAUAAGUUGUCUGCAGCUGCAGUCCAUGAUGAUGAUGUUGAUGAUGAUGAUGAAAUGUAUUUAUUUUCAACACUGGGACCUGGCACCCCACAACAUGGGCCUGAAUGGAAGUAGAUGACAAAUUGUAAUUUUAUUAGAUUUUAAUAAAUGUUAUAUGGUCAUUUUUAUUAAAAUUGACUUUUUGCCCUUAAAA